GAGAGAGAGAGAGAGAGAGAGAGAGCGCGAGAGAGUCUCGAUAGGAGUGGCAGUGCUGCUCGUGACUUCACUUCAAACAUGGCCGCACAGGACGAGCUCAACCAGUUGGAGCGUGUGUUUUUACGCUUGGGUCAUGCAGAAACGGAUGAGCAGUUGCAGGAUAUUAUAUCCAAAUUCCUGCCCCCUGUCCUCCUCAAACUAUCCAGUGCGCAAGAGGGGGUUCGCAAGAAAGUUAUGGAGUUGCUGGUACACCUGAACAAAAGGAUAAAGAGUCGACCCAAGAUUCAGCUUCCUGUAGAAACACUGUUGGUUCAGUAUCAGGACCCUGCUGCUGCAUCUUUUGUCACGAACUUCACUAUCAUCUACAUAAAAAUUGGCUAUCCUAGGCUGGAGGUCUCCAAACAGUGUGAGCUUGCACCUACUCUACUCACAGCAAUGGAAGGCAAACCUCAGCCCCAACAGGAUAGUCUAAUGCAUCUGCUGAUCCCUACACUGUAUCAUAUGAAAUAUCCAUCAGAGCCAUCUAAAGCGUCCCCAUUUGUCCUGACGGAGAGACCCAGAACUGUACAACUGCUCUUAGAGUUCAUGCUUGAUGUUCUUCUGAUGCCUUAUGGGUUUGUGUUAAAUGAGCCUCGUCCGGCCCCUUCGUCUCCACAAGGUGGAUCUGGAACAGGAGCUGCGGCAGCACAAGGUCUCCCUCAGCCUCCUCCAGGAAUGAGUGUUUAUGCAGUUAAAAGAGUCAUUGGAGAAGCUCAGUGGAGCCCAGAGCAACUGGAGCAGUGUAAACUGGGAAUUGUGAAGUUUAUAGAGGCAGAGCAGGUGCCUGAGGUUGAAACAGUCAUUCACUUAGUUGUGGCUUCAAGUGACACCAGGCACAGUGUCGCCACAGCAGCUGAUCUGGAACUCAAAAGCAAGCAGAGCAUUAUUGACUGGAACAAUCCACUCAUUAUCAACAAAAUGUAUAAAGUUUACCUGGGUGAUAUUCCACUCAAAACUAAAGGUGCCACAGUGAAACAGGAGCUGAAGCAUGAGCCCGUCAGCACCAGAGUCAAGAUGAAGAUUCUGCCUCAUCUUCUCCGCUCCAGACUGGCUGCUGAGUGCUUUCCUGCUAAUAUCCAGGUUGUUUAUGAUGGACUUUUUGGAGCGAACACCAACAACAAACUCCUGUCCCUCACUCUGCAGUUUGUACAUCAUAUCUGUAUGGUGUGCCCUGAUAGCAACAAACCUUUGGGUUUGAUGCUGCUGAAUGGACUUACCAAGCUUAUUAAUGAAUAUAAAGAGGACCCCAAACUACUAUGUAUGGCCUACUCGGCUGUUGGAAAACUUUCAAGUCGAAUGCCUCAGCUUUUCACAAAAGACAUUGCAUUGGUACAGCAGUUUUUUGAGUCCAUGUGCAAGGAGGAUGCUGAUGUACGAUUGGCCAUACAGGAGGCCUUGUCAAUGAUGGUGGGAGCAUAUGUACAUCUUCAAGGGGCGCUUCUGAACCUAAUGGAAGCACUUGUGGCUGCAUAUAUCACAAAGCCGGAGGUACAGGUGCGUCAGAUAGCGAUGAAAUUUGCCAUCACAGUGUUUGCUCCUGAUCACGUAGCCUCUAGAUAUCUCUUACUGCUGGCUGCAGGAGAUCCUCGUGAGGAGGUGUCUGGGGAGGCUCGGCGAGCCCUUCGGUCUCUCCCCUCUACGAAGACAGAGAAAGAGGGAUCAAGGCCCAUGCCGUCAUUCCCUGAGAUGGUCAGCUACAUCCAGGAAAAGGCUGCACAGAGAUUGAAGACUCCUGCCAAAUACAUUGUUGGUACUUACACUUUGCCUUUUAAUCCUGCCACAUUUGGAGAGAUAGUUCUUUAUCUGAGAAUGUGUUUAGCUUAUAGUGCUGGUGCCACAUCCACAUCUCAGAGCCUGAUGGACAUGCAGGAUGAUGCCCCUCUUAUCGGACGCUAUGUUCAGUCAUUACUGUCCAAUGAAGCUUCUCCUUCCUCGGCCACUAAAGGAGGAGAGGCCAAUCCAGUUCACAUAUACAUGGCCUUACUGCAACAGCUGCUGUCAGCUGUAGGGGGUAUCCCAGUGAUGUACUGUCUUUUGGAAGUGGUCUCUGUGUGUCCAGAGAAACUUACCCCCAACUUUGUUGACAAAAUCGACUGGAUUAAAGGUCUCAUGAACACUAAUAAAGAAGACAUGCGUGAAUUGGCAGCACAACUGUACGCUGUAGUUGUUUCUACUAUGUCUGGAAAUGAGCUUAGAACUGCUGUACAAAACCUGAUUAAGACAACAAAAGACACACAUAGUCCUGAGACUCAGCAUGGUGCCAUCUUGGCUCUGGGCUACAUGGUGGGCAGAUACAUGAAUAAGAGGCGGAGCCUAAUGCCUACUGAACCCACUCCCAAAGAAAAUGAGGAACUAAUUGCCAUAGCCACAAAAGCCAUCGGUUCAUUUUUGGAUAGCGAGUCUCCUCUGUUGACUGUUGCUGCUGUGACGGCAUUGGGAGAGAUUGGGCGUAACAGCGUGUUGCUGAUACCAGCUGAUGGAAAUGGCUUCACUAAACUCAGUCUAGUGGAUAAUCUGCUUGCCAGGAUCCCAUCUGGAAAAGAGACUGGCAAGAUGAAAGAACGUGCCAUCCAGACUCUUGGGUUUCUGCCGGUGGGAGAUGGUGAAUUCCCACACCAGAAGAAAAUCCUCCAGGGCCUCAUGGAUUCAGUAGAGGCCAAGCAGGUGGAGCUACAGUUUACAGUAGGAGAGGCUUUAACUAAUGCUGCUAUAGGAAGCUGCUCUGGAGCUGCCCGAGAUGUGUGGACUUGCACAGAUGACCAAUACUGCCCGCCUGACAAUGUGAAGAAUAAUGAUAUUGUGCCCUGGGUUUUGAACUCUGUCUUGUCAAAAUAUAUAUCAAGUCCAAACCCUCAUGUUCGGCAGGCUGCCUGCAUAUGGCUCUUGUCUCUAGUCAAGAAACUCAGCCAUCACAAAGAAAUCCAGUCUCAUCUGAAGGAGAUCCAGACAGCCUUUAUUUCUAUCUUGUCUGAUCCAGAUGAACUCAGCCAAGAUGUGGCAUCUAAAGGACUCGGGAUGGUUUAUGAGCUCGGAGGAGAACAGGAUCAACAGGAAUUGGUAUCAACCCUUGUGGAAACUCUCAUGACUGGUAAAAGAGCCAAACAUACCGUCUCAGAGGACACUGAAGUCUUCCGGGGGGAGUCCCUUGGUAAAGCACCUGAUGGACAAGGACUCUCAACCUAUAAGGAGCUCUGUGCAUUGGCUAGUGAUCUAAACCAACCGGAUCUUGUUUAUAAGUUCAUGAAUCUUGCCAAUCACCACGCCAUGUGGAAUUCCAGGAAGGGGGCAGCAUUUGGGUUUAACAUUAUUGCAGCUAAAGCAGGUGAGCAGCUGGCUCCUUUCCUGCCUCAGCUGGUUCCCCGUCUCUAUAGAUAUCAGUUUGAUCCCAACCUGGCCAUCAGGCAGGCCAUGACUAGCAUCUGGGAUGCUCUGGUCACGGAUAAAACCAUUGUGGAAAAAUAUUUUAAGGAAAUUCUUCAAGAUGUCAUUUCCAGCCUCACUAGUAACAUGUGGAGGGUGCGGGAGUCAAGCUGUUUGGCUUUGAACGAUCUGAUACGUGGAAGGCAGGCAGAUGAAAUCAUUGACCGCCUGUCAGAAAUCUGGGAGACUCUGUUUCGGGUCCUGGAUGAUAUAAAGGAGUCAGUUCGUAAGGCGGCAGAUCUGACUCUAAAGACUCUCAGUAAAGUGUGUGUGCGCAUGUGUGAAUCAACAGGUGUUACUGCUCAGAGGACAGUGGCUGUGUUGUUGCCAACUCUGCUGGACAAAGGCAUCGUCAGCAACGUAACCGAAGUGCGGACUCUCAGUAUCCAAACUCUAGUGAAGAUCAGUAAAACAGCUGGCAGCCGUCUGAAGCCCCAUGCUCCUCGACUCAUCCCGGCUCUGCUGGAGGCCCUGAGCGUGCUGGAACCACAGGUGCUCAACUACCUCAGUCUGAGAGCCACAGAGCAGGAGAAGAGUGCAAUGGAUGCCGCAAGGUUAAGUGCAGCCAAGUCCUCUCCUAUGAUGGAAACCAUUAAUAUGUGUCUACAGCACUUGGAUGUAUCUGUCUUAGGCGAGCUUGUUCCAAAACUUUGUGAUCUACUAAAGAGUGGAAUCGGACUUGGAACAAAGGGAGGAUGUGCCAGUGUGAUUGUGUCAUUGACAGUGCAGUGCCCUCAAGAUCUCACACCAUAUUCAGGUAAACUCAUGAGUGCACUCCUAAAUGGGAUCAAUGACCGUAGUAGCGUUAUUCAGAAGUCAUUUGCCUUUGCCAUUGGACAUCUGGUCAGGACAGCCAAAGACGGCAGCGUUGAGAAGCUUCUGCAGAAACUGAAUACCUGGUACCUGGAAAAAGAGGAGGCACUAUACAGGUCCUCAUGUUGUCUGGUGGUUCAUGCCAUCAGUCACUACAGUCCUGAUGUGUUGAAGGCUCAUGCUGGAGUGGCUCUGCCGCUGGCAUUUCUGGCCAUGCAUCAGGAGCCCGAGGAAGAGAAGGGAGAGAGUGCCGAGGCCAACCUGUGGUCUGAGGUCUGGCAGGAACAUGUACCUGGCAGCUUUGGUGGAAUCAGAUUGUACAUGACUGAGCUCAUAGCCAUUACUCAGAGGGCUCUGCAGUCUCAGUCCUGGAAGAUGAAGGCUCAGGGUGCCGCUGCCAUGGCAACUAUUGCUAAGCAACAAACGGGCUCACUGGUGGCACCUCACCUGGGCAUGGUGUUGAGUGCACUGCUACAGGGGCUUGCAGGACGCACCUGGGCAGGGAAGGAAGAGCUGUUGAAAGCGGUUGGAUCUGUAGUGUCUAAAUGCAGUGUGGAGCUACAGAAGCCUGCAGCAGGUCAGCCGACGUUUAGCGAGGUACUGGAUCUGGUGCUGAAGGAAUGUAAGAAGGAGAGUCUGGUUUAUAGAAUGGCGGCUUUACGCAGUGCAGCAGACAUCUUGGAAUCAACGCAGGAGGAUCGUUUUCAGGAAAUCACCGACAUUGUGCUUCCUCUCAUUAAAAAGUGUUUUAUGUUUGUAGAGAGUGAUCAGUGGGAGUGUCUGUUCGAGAGAAGUCGGCAACAGCUUCAGCGUUCUUUAGCUACAAUGGAAACAGACAACCGUCCAGAUCUGAAGGACAAAGCCCAGACAAUGAGAAGAAAAAUACAAGCCCUGCCAUGAAUAACCUGCCCAAACACACACGCACACACUGUCCUGAGGGUUGAUUUGAGAAUCUCCACCGUAUGUUUCAGUAAUAAUCCUCACAGCCAUGUCACAUAAAUAUAUUAUGCCAUUAUCUCGGCACUCAAAACAACUCAGUGUAGGCCAUAGACCUUUUUUUUCCAUGUGUAAAUGCUUUUACCUGAUGCUAUAACUAAUGUGCAAAGACUACAUUUGGCUACAAGGAGCCUCAUCAUGUUUUGCUUAGACAUUUUCACCAACCAUUUUAACCUUGUUAAAGUCUCAGUAUGUGCAAGUGUGAUUCCUUUCAUCUUGGGUUGGUUUUUUUGCUCAAGAUACUGGAAAUCAUGGAGAUUGUGAAGCAGAAGGCAAGAGACAUCAGGGCCAGAACAGCCCUUGUACAUAUACACUGAAUUACAUUCAAGGGGUUUGAGUGAUUACUGCAUUUUUCUAUGUUAAAAAAAUUCAUGAGUGAAGAUACUGAUUGAGAACUGUCCAUAUAAAGUCAACCUUUUGCUUUCAUUCAUUCAGUGCUGUUAGAAAAGGAGGCAUCACAAAGUCAAGCAAAAGGGACAGGGAUCUGUCCAUACUUUGAAUAAAGUGGAAUGUUUUUAAAUGAGGAUUGGUGUAACGGUAUUAAACAUUAAAGGCAAGUUUGUAACAUGAAUGGAAUUGAAACCUCAAAUCUGCGUUUGUCCAUGUUUGCACGUGUGAAAAUAUAUUUUCUGUAAUGAAAUCUUUGUAAAGAGGCAUGUUAUACUGGGUCUCAUCUCACCCUUUGUGCCCUUAAAUGAAGAAUAAAGUUGUGCACAUUUUUUGGAG